AUGGAAAUUCAAUACAUUUUGAACAAUGAACCUUCAACUGUUACAUAUUUUGUACUUGAAAAAGAACCUGAAGAAGAUAUUUUUACUAAUGGCUCUUCAAUUGUAGCCAAAAUUUUGAAUAUAAGAAAAUCUCAUGAGGCCUAUUCAGAUUCAAAACAUUUGCACAAAGUUUCAAAUAUAAUGAGAUUAGAUAAUGCAUAUGAAAAUAUUAAUACUAAUACUGCAAAUCAAUUAAUCACACAAAUUACAAGUAAUGAUUCUGGACAAACUGUUAGAAGAAGAAUGACUAGGAUUGAUGAAUUUUUGAAAAAUCCAUUCAUAUUUGUAGACAAUACAGGUAAAUGUAAGGAACUCAGUGAAAUUGAAUAUGCAAUGACUAUGACUGCACCAAUAAUGAAAAGUAUAUUCAGUGAUGUCUUGGAUCGUCUGAAACUUCACUGGGGAGAAACGAUGUCUUAUGUCAUGUCUGAUUGUUGUCGAAAAAUUGAUUUGAGGUUUGUUCAUAAAGCCAAAGGACUUGAACUCAGCCAUUCUGAAUGCGCAAAAGUUCCUACGCCUGCAAAAGCUGUACAUGAUCGUUCAAAAUUUUUACAAACAUUGAAAGGUGUUCUUGAUAAUUUGUUGAAAGAAGAUUUAUCAGAUGAUGAAGUUCAGAAUUCAAAAAUAUUAGGAAAUCA